GGAUGCAUUCUACAGAAACAUUUUAAACAAUAUGCAAUGGAAAUAAAAAAUUUUAAAGUGUACCCGGAUGAUAUAUGGGUAAUUUCUUAUCCCAAAUCAGGAACGACGUGGACGCAGGAGAUGGUAUGGCUCAUAGAGAACAAUUUGGAUUUUGUGACAGCUAGGAGAACCUUGCAGCGCGACCGUUUCCCAUUUUUUGAGGUUAAAUGCGCCUUGCUGAGGGAUCAGAAGACGUCACAUCCUCUGCAAAUGAUCGACUGUCUGAAGCGACCACGGUUCAUCAAGAGUCACCUGCCUGUGGAUCUGCUGCCUGCUCAGCUGUGGACUGUGAAGCCGAAGAUAAUUUACGUUGUCCGUAAUCCAAAGGAUGUAGCAAUUUCUUACUACUAUCAUCAUAGGCUGAUGCACGGCUACAGAGGAAACAUCAAAACCUUUGUUGAAAUUUUUCUUUCAGGCAAUGUGGCUUAUGGUCCAUACUGGAGACACGUCCUAGACUUCUGGAAGCUAAGGGAUGAGCCUAAUGUGUUAAUUAAUUCCUUCGAAGGUAUGAAAAAGGAUAUCUGCUCUGUCAUCAACAAAAUGUCACGCUUCCUCGGUCGGACACUGAAAGAAGAUCAGGUGACGGCUUUGGCACAGUAUCUGUCCUUCGAGAGCAUGAAGAACAACAGCUCAGUUAACUUUCAUAACAAAGGGCCAGACAAUGAAGUCAUCGACUUUAUCCGUAAAGGCGAAGUCGGCCAAGCGCCCAAUGAACUCGAGCCAGACCUUAUCGAACGCUUCGACGCUUGGAGUAAACGGCAUUUGCGGGACACUGACUACCAUGGCUCUCUGUGA